AUGGCAGGUGCCUUCUCUAAACUGCUGGCAUCUGUCUUCAAAGAAUCCCAUGAACUUCACCUCACAGAGAAGCUGAGGCUCAUGGGCCAGAUGGUCCUGCUGAGGGUCCAAUGCUUCCACCAGAAGGUCAAGGGCCUGCCUGUCUUCGGCGUCGCAGCCAAUCCUCAUCGCCCUCUAGGCUACGCCCUCCGUUCUUCUCGCGCCAACCGCGCCAGCCACUUCGGAGCCCUGCCCUUGCCCCUCGGGGAUUGGGUAGUCUUAGGUCACCUCCAUGUGGCUUGUUUUGGGAAAUUAACCACACCAUGCUUAUAUUUAGGCUUUGUCCAGGGAUCUGAAACCACUUUGCAGUCGACGUACUCAGACACGAGCGCUCAGCCCACCUGUGAUUAUGGGUAUGGAACUUGGAACUCUGGGACAAACAGAGGCUACGAGAACUAUGGCUAUGGCUACGGCUAUGGCCAGGAUAACACCACCAACUAUGGAAUUAACCAGCGCCUAGAUAUGGUGCCACACUUGGAGACAGACAUGAUGCAAGGAGGCGUGUACGGCUCAGGUGGAGAAAGAUAUGAUUCCUAUGAGGCCUGUGACUCGAGGGCCAUUCUGAGCGAGCGCGACCUAUACCGGUCAGGCUACGACUAUGGCGAACUUGACCCCGAGAUGGAAAUGGCCUACGAGGGCCAAUACGAUGCCUACCGUGACCAGUUUCGCAUGCGUGGCGGCGACACCUUUGGCCCACGGGCUCAGGGCUGGGCCCGGGACUCCAGGAGUGGCCGGCCGAUGGCCUCGGGCUAUGGGCGCAUGUGGGAAGACCCCAUGGGGGCCCGGGGCCAGUGCAUGCCUGGUGCCUCCCGGCUGCCCUCCCUCUUCUCUCAGAACAUCAUCCCCGAGUACAGCAUGUUCCAGGGCAUGCGUGGCGGGGGCACCUUCCCAGGUGGCUCCCGCUUUGGCUUCGGUUUUGGCAAUGGCAUGAAGCAGAUGAGGCGGACCUGGAAGACCUGGACCACGGCUGACUUCCGGACCAAGAAGAAGAAGAGAAAGCAGUGCGGCAGUCCCGAUGAGCCAGACAGCAAAGCCACCCGGACGGACUGCUCAGACAACAGUGAUUCAGACAAUGAUGAGGGCACUGAGGGGGAGGCCGCAGAGGGCACUGAAGGCGCCGAGGCUGUGGAGAAGGGCUCCAGAGCAGAAGGAGAAGAUGAAGAGGGAAAAGAAGAAGGCAAAGAAGAAGGCAAAGAGGAUGCAGAAAAGGGGGCCCUGAGCACCCAGGAUGAUAGUGGGCAGAUCAAGCGCAAGUUGCAGGCAGGCAAGAAGAGCCAGGACAAGCAGAAAAAGCGGCAGCGAGACCGCAUGGUGGAAAGGAUCCAGUUUGUGUGCUCUCUCUGCAAAUACCGGACCUUCUACGAGGAGGAGAUGGCCAGCCACCUCGAUAGCAAGUUCCACAAGGAGCACUUUAAAUACGUAGGCACCAAGCUCCCCAAGCAGACAGCUGACUUUCUGCAGGAGUACGUUGCCAAUAAAACCAAGAAGACAGAGGAACUCCGGAAAACCGUGGAGGACCUUGAUGGUCUGAUUCAGCAGAUCUACAGAGACCAGGAUCUUACCCAAGAAAUUGCCAUGGAGCAUUUUGUGAAGAAAGUAGAGGCAGCGCACUGUGCAGCCUGUGACCUCUUCAUUCCCAUGCAGUUUGGGAUCAUUCAGAAGCACCUCAAGACCAUGGAUCACAACCGCAACCGCAGGCUCAUGAUGGAGCAGUCCAAGAAGUCCUCGCUCAUGGUGGCCCGCAGCAUCCUCAACAACAAAAUCAUCAGCAAGAAGCUGGAACGCUACCUGAAGGGUGAAAACCCGUUCACUGAUAGUCCCGAGGAGGAGAAGGAACAGGAGGAGGCAGAGGGCGGCGCCCUGGACGAGGGAGCGCUGGUCGAAGCGGCAGGGGGCGCCGAGGGUGCAGAUGGCACGCCGGCGCAGCCCCCUGUGCCCCCGGAGCCAGCCCCCGAGGCCGCGUCCCCACCACCGCCACCGCCGCCCCCAGAAGAGGAGGAGGAGGAGGCCGUACCCCUGCUGGGCGGGGCGCUUCAGCGCCAGAUCCGCGGUAUCCCGGGCCUCGACGUGGAGGCCGACGACGACGAGGAGGGUGGCGGGGGCGCACCGUAACCCGGGCCCCAGGCGGGCAGGACCCGCGUGGCCAAAGCUGGAAGCCGGGCCUAAUAAAGCUCUUCCCAUCCCA